AGUCCACAGCUUCAAAACAUCCAAUCAGGCGUGAGUCUGGACCUGGUUUUCUACUGAACACACAAGUUCAUUACCUCACUAUCACUUUGUCUAAACAGGAACGAUGAUCACACUCUUUGUGGCUCUUUACUCUCUGCUUUGUCUCUGCACAACUGUAAACACUUCUGACAUCAAGGAGUUUCAUGUGAAAACAGUAAAACAUGGAGAAGCUGUAACUAUGGAGUGUAACAUUAGUGAGGUCAGAAACAAUAAUAGUUUAGCUUUGUACAGACAGAGUUUUGGAAAAGUGCCUCAGUUUUUUGCGAGACUGUACGCUGGCUCUCCUGGCUACAUAUUGGCUGAGGGAUUUAAUGAUAACCGCUUCAGUGUUACUGUAAAGGACCAAAAGUUUGAUCUCAACAUUAAUGGAGUAAGAGAAGAUGAUGGAGGAGAAUAUUUCUGUGGAUAUGUGGAGGGAAGUACAGUAAAGUUCACAUCUGGAACACGUCUGCAGUUUGAAGGUGAAGAGAUGAAACACUGUUCUACACUGGGAAAUGGAGAUACAAAGCGGAUUAUUGCCUUAAUAGCCACCAAUAUAAUAUCUGUUAUUGUAAUUGUGGCUCUGGUUAAAGUUUUACUUAAACAACAAGGAAAAGGUUCUUCAUCAAGCAACCAUCAAACUCCCACCAAUCAGGCUGAUGAUGAAAAUGUCUUGAACUAUGCAGCUGUGAGUUUUGCUAAGAAACCUUCAUCCUCCAGAACAUCCAGAGACACGAGCCAUCAAGACGUUUAUGCACAAGUUAAAAUAAAAUAGAUAAAGAGAAAUAAAGUCAGAACUGAAAAACAAUAUGAAUGUAAUCAUCCCAGUUUGUACACAGAUGUGUUAUUUAGACAAAAACAUUUUUAUCACUGAAACGUUCAUUAUUAUUUCCAAACUGUUUACUUGUAUUAAUUUGCUCUACCUGAUAGAUCUUUAUUGUUUGCUUGUUUUAUUUCUUUUUCAACUUUGCAUUUGUACUCAACGUCCAACAUCUAAAAGUCUAACAUUUGAAUGUUUUUCAAUAUUUGUCUUUAAAAUAGUGAAGAUGUUUUUUAUAUUUAAUUAAUAAAUAUGUUAAUAAAUAUGUUACAUCCUGAUCACUAAUCCAGGGGCGUAACAUCCUUGUGGUCCCCGGACACUGUGGCCAGUGAUGCGUUGAGAGGAAGCAGACUCAGAAUAGAGGUCAUCAUCAUCUGGGUGUCAACAGAUAUAAAUAAGUGUGAUUAUAAAUAACUUCUCAUCUAGACCUGUACUAUACUAUAAUGUGCAGUUGUGUUAACAGGAAAUUAUGAGCUGAUGAAGAGUUUAUGAAUAUCAGCAUUCAGUCAGUCAUUUCUGAAUUCAAGAUGUAAGAAUCAGUGGUGCUUUAUUGACAUGACAGAUAUUUACAUCUGUAUUGCCAAAGCUCAGGGAUGAGUCAGAAGAAUAACAGGAAUGUACAGAUCAAAAUAUUAGCAGCUAAAAGUCAUAAAAAACUGAGAAAAAUAUAGACACAUAAAACACAGACAUUUAGCUCCACAGUCAAAGAUAAAGUGACACGUGCAAACUAUUGAA